CGCGGCCGAUCAGGAAAUGAAAUCCUUUCUUCUUCGUUUUUAAACGUGACCAAAGUUCUCUAUUCAGGCUUUACAUUUUGUAAGAACCCGUGAUAAUGGCUCACCACAACAGUGCCAUUGGAAAUGAUUUCUCUGACAGCAGCGUUCACGCGGAUGUCAAGGAUUAUUAUGGAAAGAGGCUCCAGAAGACGUCGGACCUGAAGACAGGCGCCUGCGUGGCUCCAGCUCAGCCUCUCCCAACCUUCAUAAGGGAAGCCCUGAAGAAAGUUCACCCCGAAGUCUCUAACAAAUACUACGGGUGUGGUCUGGUGGUGCCGGAGUCCUUGGAGGGCUGCAGGAUUCUGGACCUGGGCUGUGGGAGUGGAAGGGACUGCUACAUGUUAAGUUUGCUAGUUGGGGAAAAAGGUCAUGUCACCGGCAUUGACAUGACUGAGGCCCAGCUUGAAGUGGCCAGAAAAUAUAUGGAUUACCACACGAAGGAGUUCGGCUACAAGGAGCCAAACGUGAGUUUUGUUCAGGGCUACAUUGAGGCCUUAUCUGCGGCGGGUCUGGGGAAAAACUCGUUUGACAUCAUCAUCUCCAACUGCGUAGUGAACCUCUCCCCAGACAAGAAGCAGGUUCUGGUUGAAGCAUACAAUGCACUCAAGGAUGGGGGUGAGCUAUACUUCAGUGACAUCUACUCCAGUGGAAGACUGACGGAGGAAAUUAAAAAUCACAAAGUGCUGUGGGGUGAAUGUCUGGGUGGAGCGCUGUGGUGGAAGGAUCUGCUGCAGCUGGCUGAGGAGGUGGGCUUCAGUCAGCCACGGCUGGUUACGGCCACCGUCGUCGCCGUUGACAAUGAAGAACUGCAGGACGUUCUAGGUGACUUCAAGUUUGUUUCUGCCACGUACCGCCUGUUCAAAGUCCCUAAAGGCAAAACCAAGACCUGCCAGGUCAUAUAUAAUGGAGGCAUCACUGGGGCAGAGGAUAACUUCCAGUUUGACUGUCACUACGCCUUUAAGACCAAUGAAGUGGUGCAGGUGGACGGAGAAGCAGCUUGCAUCCUGAGGCAUUCCAGAUUUGCAGAAGACUUCACUUUCCAGCCACCAGGGGGCUCCUGUGAGCCUUGUUGUGCCAAGCUUAGGGCUGACACGGUGGAUCCUUUUGACCUGGCCUCUCUGUUGGGCACUCGAGGGGGAUGCUGCAGCACCAAAUCUGCUGACUGCUGCAAAUGAUCAUAGGACGAGCACUGAGAAAUGCAGCAGCAUGCUAUGUGCUGUGUGAUUGUCCUUUUUCAGUAAGACUAAAAUCAGACACUUCAGAUGAAUAAGGUAGUCAAAUUUCAAACUGUCCCUGUUCCAAAUGUGCCUUUACACAGUUUUCUAAGAGAAGAGAGAUGGCUGUGAAAUGUCA